AUGCCUCUGCAAGAAGACGCUGUCCUGCAGCCGAAAGACAUCGGUCUAAAAUGCUCGGACGAUUGGCCCACCUUCUAUCUUACCAAAGCCAACAUCACGUCCGUAGCAACGGGCGAGCCGGUGAGCCUGUUAUCAGCACAUAAGGGCAAUCCAGUGAAGGUCUCAGGCCGAUUAGAAGAAGUGGACGAAGAGUUGGCUCAUCUCGUGAGGCAUGAGAAAUAUAAAAAGCAUACAAUUGAGCUAUCGAACGUGACGGUCUUUGCCUUUGCUGAGUUUGAAGAUGAGACAUACGGCUUCUGGGCUGCUGGCCAAGCUGGCUGGUAUGAUAUCGGGGAAACCGUACCCUCAUAUAAGCCUGUCCUAGACGAGAUGAGCGUUGAGGCUUCUAUGAUCUACUUCCUUGCGGACAAAGUGCGCCGGUCGAGGAAAACCAAGUAUAGCGCCACUGAGGCUGAGAAGUACGUACGGAGGCUAUUCAGCGACUACCAUACUGCCGGAAAGUAUCCGGCACGAUUUGCGGACGUUGAUGAUGUAAGAGAUAGUUUCCACAAUCAUCGAGACUUUCUCAUCACUUCGAUGCUGGAGGGACAAGAGGGUAUACAGUGGACAGACAGUGCAGUUUUCGCAUAUUUCAAUGGGCAAUUUCCGGACGACGUCAAACGUAUUAGCUCACGUGUCUUUGAGACUAUCCCGCCAGAUCCAGUGAUCUCGAAGGAGAGGAAGCGAAAGUCUACAUCACCUCCCACGGCCGAGACAAUGCCAAAACGAAAGAAAGGUAGACCGCGGAAGGAUGAAUUGCUUCUUCAGCGCACACCUGUUGGGAGGCUUACUACGGAAUUUACGACAUCAGAUGACGAUGGCUUCGGGGCUCAGAGCGGUGUCUCGCGAAAGAGAAAAUCAAUUCUCCGCCCAAGCGGUACCAAAUACUCUCGAAAAGGGCGGAAAGCAGCGGGAAAGAUUAAAGGCUUAUCACGAAAAGACUGGCCUUCACUCAGUGCGGAUGAUGCUGGAGAAGAUGACGACGAUGAGGCAUUGACUCCGACUGUCGAAGACUCUCCGAUCAUCACAAUCAAGAACGGCAACCACUUGAACCGGAUAACGAAUCCGCCGUCAGAGCGUCCCCUACACGAUGACGACUCGCCCCCACCCGAAUUCAUACCUCGGAAAUUUCUUGAGUUGAGAAUAGUAGAGCACGAAUUACCGACUUUAGACCCACAAGGACCGGGUGAUCUCUGGACAUGUACUUUCGAAGGCUGUGGCCAUCGCGUCCACAGUGCGUCUGCCAAUAGGAAGAAGAUACGAGAUCAUUUCAAAUCACAUAAGAUCGGUGCCCAAGAAAAGAUUGAUUUGGCGCUGGAUGAAAGUAAACCGUACUUGCCUGUGAAGUAA